UGAGAUAGAAAAUCGCAUUCUAGCCUCACGGUGGUGGUGCUGUGCGGGUGAGCAGCGUUCGACACGGGUGGCGAGAUGAGACCGCGAGACGCGAGCGUAGGGCGUGGUGAGAGAGCGUAGCCGACGGCGGCCUCCCCGCAGACGCGAAACCCUGAGCCCUCCCUGAUCGGGUGACCACUCACGGGACACACAAGGUGCGUACGCAACUCGCGAUUUUCACUGGGCCUGCUCCAUGGCUCCGCGGUACCGCGGUCAUGAGCUUUGCGGCCCCGGAGGUGGUCUCUUUUGCGUGUGCCCUGCGCAUUUUCAUUGCCCCCCCAAGUAUCCGCCAAAUAAACGCGCCGUGUGCGCGGCUUGGCGCAUCUUCUCUCUCUGUUCUCUCACGUCUCGUCACGCUUUGUGCCAAGCCACGCUCUUACCACCCUUCUUAACUGCCCGUCCGUUGUCCGUCGUCUGUCGCCUGUCAAAUUCGUCCGACAAAUAUGUAUCUGUUGUUCGUUGUCACGCCGAGUUUGACACCGGUUCGCUACGCUUCGUCCGUGCUUCGCCAAUUUCCUAUGUUUGUGCACGGACCACGGCAGCGACGACGACGACGUCGUCGUCGUUCUUACUUACGUUACUUACGUUACAUUAACGUUACAUUAUAUAUGUUCAUGCUUUCCCGUGCACUUUACUUUCAUCACGUUGAUUCGCAUUUAGCGCGUUCUGUCUCGUCGCGUCGCGUUUCACCGUACGUGAGAUACCUGAAUAUACGCGCGGGAAAUGCUCCGCCGCGAACUCGUUUAUGUUUCUCAAAUCACGACCGUGUGUAGUAUCGUCGUCCUGGAUUUUUAUCCACUAUAUUUUACUUUUAUCGAUGCAAUGUGUCUCAUUGCCAUCAUUUUCCGUAGAAGAAAACGUUACGCAAGAAUCAAUUAACAAGACGGGUGACGAAGGCAAGAAGAUGGUAUCUCUGCCUAAUGCAGAGUCUGGAACAAUGGACAGAAUCUCAGAUGAUGAUGAUGACGAGCCAAGUAGUGGAUCUGAAACGUACGAAGAGGGUGAUCUGUUGACUGCUGCUAUGGAUGAUGAUGUAACGGCCCAGCUCGCCGCUGCAGGUUGGCAAAUCAAACACGCUAAUGGGCCUGUUGGCGUAGCCGCCGCCGCUGCGAUUGUCUCAGCGAAAAAAAGAAAACGACCUCAUAGUUUUGAAACAAAUCCCAGCAUUAGAAAGAGACAACAAAAUAGACUUUUAAGGAAAUUGAGACAAACCAUAGAUGAAUUUGCAACGAGGGUUGGACAGCAGGCAGUAGUAUUAGUAGCUACGCCAGGAAAGCCAAACAGUAGUUAUAAAGUAUUUGGAGCAAAACCAUUAGAAGAUGUAGUAAAAAAUUUAAGAAGUGUUAUAAUGGAAGAGCUUGAAAGUGCGCUCGCGCAACAAGCUCCGCCGCCAGUGCAGGACGAUCCUUCUCUGUAUGAAUUACCACCUCUUAUAAUAGACGGCAUACCAACACCUGUUGAAAAAAUGACUCAAGCUCAACUCAGAGCAUUUAUCCCCUUAAUGUUAAAGUAUUCUACAGGCAGAGGUAAACCAGGUUGGGGGAGAGACAGUACACGACCACCGUGGUGGCCGAAAGAACUUCCUUGGGCAAACGUGCGUAUGGAUGCAAGGUCAGAGGACGAGAAACAAAAGAUUUCUUGGACACACGCGUUAAGACAAAUUGUAAUAAACUGUUAUAAAUUUCAUGGAAGAGAAGAUCUUCUACCUGCAUUCAGCGAAGAGGAUGAUAAAUCAAAUAUACUGAUACAACAGUCGACCCCGCAUUCUUCGUCACAUCCGUCGCAUUCAUCCAGUCAAGGGCAAGGUGGACAAUCGCAGCAACAACAGCAGACGGUGGGAGUUGUUCGCCUCAGCAGCACGGAUUCAUCUAAGGGAAACUCUUCGCCAGCACAAAUCAUUGCCGCGUCUCCUACAGCUCUUGCCACUGCCACUCAGGUGGGAGUGGAUAGAAUGACAACUCAAUAUCCAACGGCAGUUUUACAAACAAUAACGAACCCUGAUGGCACUGUUUCAAUUAUUCAGGUUGAUCCUAGUAAUCCAAUAAUUACGUUACCAGAUGGUACAACAGCUCAAGUUCAAGGUGUUGCUACCAUCCAUACAAGUCAAGGAGAAGUUCAAGCACUUGCUGAAGUAGCAGGCAGUGCGGAAGGUACUAGCGUGGCUGUCGACCUAAACAGUGUUACAGAAGCAACGUUAGGUCAAGAUGGUCAAAUCAUUCUCACCGGAGAAGACGGACACGGUAAAACAGUUUUCUAUAGGCUCUGCACCGUCGCCGGCCAGGAGCUACUUGAACAGUGAAUUCAAUUUUACUGGUCCAGGAUCCUUUGUUGUUUUGCAUGCUGUCUGCUACGCUCCGUUCAAGAAACCUACGUGUUCUACUACUUUGUACAACGAAAGUAGAAUAUCGAUUAGUUACUCUUUUUUGAUACUAUUGUACAUACGCAAUUUCACUCGGAGCUAUGCACAGCUUUAUUUUAAUUUCUUCUUUAAGAAUCCAUGAUACGUAGAAUGAAGAUGUUAUUAGAAGAACCGUCUAGAAAAUCUAGAACUCAUGUAUUGAUUUUUAUAUAUAAAUUAAUCUGCAAAGAGAAGUCUACAUAGUAGAAGAAUUGCUCUCGAUGUUGUAUCAUUUUGUAUAUGUUUUUGAUGUUCGUAGACUAUUUACUUCCUAAGAUGAAAUAAAAUUCGUGAUUUUUUUUUUAUAAGGAACUUAAUAAUGAUGAAACAACAAAAUCAAAUUCAUACGUGUGUGCAUGUACGUAUUAUUUUUUACAUAUUGGAACAGGUAUUGAUUGAACAAUACGUUUACAUGUCGGAAUGUUGCAUGCAUAGUUUAUGCACAAUUCACUGAAAAGAAGUUUCUAACAUUUUAAAAUGUGUACAUUAUAUAAAACAUAACCAGAUAGAAUGAAUUGGUUCACAUGGAUUCUUAAGAUUUUAAAUUUACGAGAAAAUAAAGGAAGGUAUUUCACAUAAUCACGAAAAAAAAAACCUGUCCCUGUUUUACAAUUAUUACUUUUAUCGUUACUACCGAAAAUUGGUUAUUAAAACAAAGAGAAAUAAAACUGCUGUACAUAGAGUAUUUUUUGUUGAUGUUUUUAUUAUUUUAUAGUUGUUGUAUUUGGCAGCCUUUGUUUAAGCUACUCACGAUUGCUGUUUUCUAAUUUAUUUAAAUGAAUAAAUUAUUUUGAGUAAAAAAAACUCGCAUUCAUACAAUUUAUGCUCGUCCAUACUUGAUUUUACAGAAUGGCUUAAACAUUUGUUGCUUUUUAUUAAUGCCUUUAUUUUUUCUGAAGUGUAGAUGAAAAUUACGUUUGUACGAUAUUAGAUUAGAAGUGUGUGCCAGGAAAAAAGAUAAACGCGAAAUGUUGAAAAUAAAUUACACGUUUCUUUUUUUUUUCUCCUACUGAAUUAAACGCUUAACGCAUAAAAUAAAUACGUCUAUUUUUCUCUAGCACACCCUGUUAAUCUAACAUUUUUUUCAUUUGCUUUGUCUAGAACAAUAUAUUUUUAAUUUGACAUUUAAGUUUUUAUUCGUAUAUAUACUCUGUUAAAUCUGACUGUAUCGUAAACUGGUAUAACACAAAUCCGAAGGAAAACUAUCGAUAUUAAAUAAUACAUGUGAUGCGUGCUCUCCGAAUUACUGUACGUUUAACUUUUCGAUUUCCAGUUUGCUAUACAGAGAAAAAAAAAAUGCCUGGUCAGGGGCAGAACACAGGACAAUUACUUCUUUGUUUCAGGCUAUCCUGUUUCCGUCUCAGGAGUAAUAACAGUACCGGUGUCUGCUAGUAUGUAUCAAACUAUGGUUGCCAAUAUACAAAGUGACGGUACGAUGCAAGUAGUUACACCGAUGGUUCAAGUCCCAAAGGUUGAGCCUGGAAACGGGGAAACUAGCAUUGAGGCUGUCACUAUUCAAGGGCAUCCUAUGACAAUGAUAAACGCUGCAGGUGAACAUCAAGUUCUUCAAGUGAUAUCACUGAAAGAUGCUAAUGUCCUCACAAAGGCUAUGCAAGCUGAAGUUGUGAAAGAUGAGGACAGUCAACAACAACAAACCGUCUCUAGUCCAGAAUAAAGCGUUUUACAUAGUUAAUAUAAAGCUUUUAUGUUAACACCAGAAUGCGACAGGUGCACAUUAGUGGUGUUCAUGAGAGAAAGAGUGAGAGUAUUAGAAAUGAUAUGUGUUAUUAAUAUUAAGGAAACUGAUUGUGUCUUUUCUGAAUCAUUGUGUAGCGUGUCCUCUUGUUGAAAAACAGUAAAUGAAUAGCGGCGAAUAUGUUUGGAGAGUGAAAAUGUUUGAAUGUUCCAAUGACUCAUUGGACUUGAAUGUAAUCAUAUUUGUAUUCAAGAUUCAUUGUAGACACUUAGCGGUAUUCACUUGUAAUUCAAUCUCUCAAAGAUAGUACUAAUUUUUAGAAAGUACUGCGGCGCUCGAUGAAUGCAAAUCAUCGUUAUAUAUACAAAAUUUCAUCGAUAUAUUUAUAGUGACGUCAUCUGGAUAUUUAACAUAUUUCCGAGAUAAGCAAACAUGGAUACAAAUAUUUUCAUCUAGUCUCUUAGUAUCGGGUCCUUAAGAAAAAUCGACAUACCAAAGAAUUUUAAAUCUGUAUUAGAUUGUUUUACGAAACAGACGAUUAUCAACAAAUGAUAUAAUUUAACUACAUUCAUCUAAAAAAAGAAAAAGAAACUCUGAUUGAACGAGUCGAUGCUGUAAACAAUGUAUGUAAUUCGUGAUACGUAGAUAAUUUUAAAGACGAAAUCGAGUUUCAAUUUAAUUAGUCAAAUGUUUCAAAAAAUAUUUGCAAAAGAAUCUGUCGUAUGUAAAAAUCUUUUUAAUGGAAAAAUUGAAUUGAUAUUUCAUGUGGUAUCAGGAUUCCGAUCUAAAUGUUUGAGUUAAUCAAAUUUGGCUAUCGAAUUAAGAAAAGAAUGAUACGUAGCCUAUUUUUAUGACAAGCUGAAAUAUGAAAAUGAAUCAUUUUUCGACGAUAGAGACAUGUAACGAUACAUAUUAAUAUACAUUAAUAAUCGACAGUAGAGAUAAAUGAAAAAAAAAAAAA